UGUUUACGCGCUCGUGUGGUCACCAUGCAGUAUUUUAUCUCUAUAUGCGCUGUUCCGGUUUUCAGAUGAAUGAAAUAAUUUCAUUUCUUAAAAAUAUAAAUGCUGAUAAGUUUGUAACAGAAUUUAUUGCAUCAAAGAUAUUUAAUAUACAUAGUUAUUAAAAAUAUUUAUUUUCAACUUAAAAUGCAUAUCGACUUUGAUCCCUCACAUAUUAACUGGUCAGCAUUGACCGACGAGCCUAAUCAAUGGGGUGGGUAUAACGUAUUUCGCGGUAUUCCCUACCAGAGAGGAAGUGGAUUAGGUUCAGUAUUUAGGAGUUUUCUCCGUUAUCUCAUACCUAUCGGUAAAGAAAUUGGUAGUGCCAUAGGUAAACAAGGACUCGAAUCGGGCAACAAAGUUUUAAGUAACGUUCUGGAAGGAAAGGAUCUCAAAGAAUCGCUAAUUAGUGAAGGUAAAACAGGGUUGAAAAAUUUAUUACAGAAAGCAGCCGAUAACGUUGAUAAACAAACAGGCAAAGGCUUUGAUUUUAAAGAAAUAUUGAAAAACCUCCAUCCCUGGGGCAAAUGAAUGAUGAAAAACGUGAUAUAAAGCUUAAGACUAUAAAUAAACGGGCAUAUUCCCGUAUUGGCCCUCCUAAUUUUAUUCCUAAUCUUGCUAGGAAACCUUCGAAAAAAUCUCCUAGAAAAAUUCCCGCUAACAAGCGUUUACGAGUAGAUACUUUAGGCACAUACUAACAUGAGUUGUCCUAAACAAAUUAAUGAAAAUAGUCCUUUGGCCUUAAAUAGCGCACUGAAUAUUUUUUCCGUUCCUCCAACUAAUGUUUCUGUUACCCGUUCCUUUUUUCGAGAGAUUCUACCCCUUAGCACAAUAACGCAAGAUUCGCCUUAUUUGUU